AUGUUUAAUGUUGGAAGAGGUGCUGACGGUUCUGACUUUGAAAAAGGCGGAGAUGUGAACUUAGUUGAGAGAACAUGCACUUGCGGCAUGUUCCAAUUGUUGAAAAUUCCUUGUCCCCAUGCAUGUGCCGCAGCGCUUACUCAGAAUGUCAGUGUCUACGCUCUGUCAUCCCCCUAUUACACAAAGGAGACGUGGAAGAAUACUUACGAUGCAACAAUUAAUCUUGUGGGCGAGGAGGAUGAAUGGGUGCUUCUAGAACACAUGCAGAACAUGAGAAUCGGUGUACCAGUGGAGAAGAAACCUGUAGGUCGUCUAAGAAAGAGCAAUGCAGGAAGACUACGGACUAACCGAUUUCCAUCGAACGGUCAAAAAGUCAAGGAACCACGCAAAUGUUCAAAUUGUGGCGCAUUGGGACACAACAAAGCUACUUGCAAGGCCAGGGUUUGGGCAUCAUUUUCGUUUUUAAAUUGCAUGCAUUAUUAUUAUUAUUAUGGUUUAUGA